AUGUCUUCAUCGCUACCAACUGUGUUUGUGCUUGCCAUAGUGCUUGCGCUUAUGGCUUGCUCCUGGUUCGCUACCCCGAAGGGCCCGCAACAAACAUUGAUUCGGACGAGCUGCAUGCUCACAUUGGCUUGCUGCUACCUCAUGUGGGCCGUCACGUAUCUUGCCCAGGUCUUCCCACUC